CCCCCAUCUCCCCUCCCUAGACGUCCCCGCUCGCCCAAAAUGUCCUCGAAAGCCAUCCGCGAAUACGACGCGAAACUUCUGCUCGCGUACUGGCUCGAGCGCGCACCUCCCGUCGACCUCUCCGCGACCGUCAAGACGAAGCUCGUCUACCCCUCGCCCAAGGUCGCCCAGGUCUCAUGGGACCCCGCAACAAACACGAUCACGCCCGACACCCAGCUCCCCGGUUGGGUCUUCAACACGAAGCUCGUAGCGAAGCCUGAUCAGUUGAUCAAGCGCCGUGGCAAGGCCGGUCUCCUUGCGCUCAACAAGACCUGGGACGAGGCGAAGCCGUGGAUUCAGCAGCGCGCGGGCAAGCCCCAGAAGGUCGAGUCCGUGACCGGCACGUUGAACAACUUCAUCGUCGAGCCCUUCCUCCCUCAUCCUUCCGAUGCCGAAUACUACGUUUGCAUCAACUCCGCGCGCGAGGGCGACUACAUCCUCUUCACACACGAGGGCGGUGUCGACAUCGGCGACGUCGACGCGAAGGCGCUCAAGCUCAGUCUCCCCGUAAAUGAGCCCUUCCCCUCGAGACAAACCAUCGCGGAGACCCUCCUCCCUCACGUACCCGCGGCGAAGAAGGAGACGCUCGUCGACUUCCUCACCCGCCUCUACUCGGUAUACGUCGACCUGCACUUCGCGUACCUCGAGAUCAACCCCCUCGUUGUGCUCGAUGGCGUUAACGGCGCGGAGCCCACGAUCCAGUACCUCGACAUGGCUGCGAAGCUCGACCAGACUGCGGAGUCUAUUUGCGGCCCGAAGUGGGCGAUCGCCCGUGACCUUUCUAUCUACGAGUCGGGUGCCCAGGCGACGACGACCAAGGGCAAGGUCAUCGGCGCAGACCGUGGACCCCCGAUGGUCUGGCCCGCACCCUUCGGUCGUGACCUCACGAAGGAAGAGGCGUACAUCCAGAAACUCGAUGCGUCGACCGGUGCCUCGCUGAAGCUGACUGUGCUCAACGCCGAGGGCCGCAUCUGGACGAUGGUCGCCGGUGGUGGUGCCUCCGUCGUCUACUCCGACGCGAUUGCCGCUCACGGCUUCGCGGACGAGCUCGCCAACUACGGCGAAUACUCCGGUGCUCCUUCCGAGGGCCAGACGUACGAGUACGCGAAGACCAUCGUUGACUUGAUGACCCGCGGCACGCCGCGCGCUGAGGGCAAGAUCCUCAUCAUCGGUGGUGGUAUUGCGAACUUCACGAACGUCGCGGCGACCUUCAAGGGUAUCAUCCGCGCGCUCAAGGAGUACAAGGCGCCUCUCAUCAACCACAAGGUCAAGAUCUACAUUCGUCGUGGCGGCCCCAACUACCAGGAGGGUCUCAAGGCGAUGCGCCUGCUCGGCGAGUCUCUCGGUGUCCCCAUCAAGGUCUACGGCCCCGACACCCACAUCACUGCGAUCGUCCCCCUCGCGCUCGGUGUGACCGGCAAGCCCAAAAACCCCCUCCACUCCGUUGCCGCGACCCCCGCACCUUCUUCGCCCAAGAGCCCCGCUGCUGGUGGCGACCUCGAGCCUGAACACACUGUCGGGACCAUCCACCCCGACGGCGAGCGUACGCAACCGCAGGACCAGAUUGUAUCCUUCGACACCAAGACGGGUGCAGCACACUCGCGUCCGUGGUUCCGCCCCUUCGACGCGAAGACGCGCUCGUUCGUGUACGGCCUGCAGCCCCGCGCCAUCCAGGGCAUGCUCGAUUUCGACUACUCGUGCGGGCGUGAGACGCCCAGCGUGGCAGCGAUGAUCUACCCCUUCGGCGGCCACCACAUCCAGAAGUUCUACUGGGGGACGAAGGAGACGCUGCUGCCCGUGUACACGAGCGUCGCGGACGCGGUGAAGAAGCACCCCGAGGUCGACGUUGUCGUGAACUUCGCGAGUUCCCGCAGUGUGUACUCGAGCACGCUCGAGAUCUUCGAGUUUGCGCAGAUCAAGAGCGUUGCGCUGAUUGCGGAGGGUGUCCCCGAGCGUCACGCCAGGGAGAUCCUGCACAUCGCAAAGAAGAAGGGCAUCCUUGUCAUCGGCCCUGCGACUGUUGGUGGCAUCAAGCCCGGCUGCUUCCGUAUCGGUAACUCUGGCGGUAUGAUGGACAACAUCAUCGCUUCCAAGCUCUACCGCUCCGGCUCGGUUGGCUACGUCUCCAAGUCCGGCGGUAUGUCGAACGAGCUUAACAACAUCCUCUCCCUCACCACCAACGGUACCUACGAGGGUAUCGCCAUCGGCGGUGACCGCUACCCCGGCUCGACGUUCAUCGACCACCUCCUGCGUUACGAGGCGGACCCCGAGUGCAAGCUCCUCGUCCUCCUCGGCGAGGUCGGCGGUAUCGAGGAGUACCGCGUGAUCGAGGCAGUCAAGAAGGGCAUAAUCAAGAAGCCUAUCAUCGCGUGGUCUAUCGGGACGUGCGCGAAGAUGUUCACGACGGAGGUGCAAUUCGGGCACGCUGGCUCGAUGGCCAACUCGGACAUGGAGACCGCAGACGCGAAGAACAACGCGAUGCGCGCUGCCGGCUUCAUCGUGCCCGACACGUUCGAGGACCUGCCCGAGGUGCUCACGCAGACAUACGAGCGCCUCGUCGCCACGGGUGUCAUCAAGCCCCAGACGGACCGCGAGCCCCCCGUCAUCCCCAUGGACUACAAGUGGGCGCAGGAGCUCGGGCUUAUCCGCAAGCCUGCCGCGUUCAUCUCGACGAUCUCCGACGAGCGUGGGCAGGAGCUGCUGUACGCCGGGAUGCGUAUCUCGGACGUGUUCAAGGAGGACAUCGGUGUCGGUGGUGUCGUCAGCUUGCUGUGGUUCAAGCGCCGCCUCCCGCCGUGGGCGACCAAGUUCAUCGAGAUGGUGCUCAUGCUCACUGCUGACCACGGUCCCGCCGUGUCUGGUGCCAUGAACACGAUCGUCGCGACCCGUGCGGGCAAGGACCUCAUCUCCUCGCUUGCGUCCGGUCUCCUCACGAUCGGCUCCCGCUUCGGUGGUGCCCUCGACGAGGCCGCGAGCAUGUUCUCCAACGCGCGCGACACCGGUCUCACCCCCCGCGAGUUCGUCGACACCUGCAGGAAGCAGAACAAGCUCAUCAGCGGUAUCGGCCACAAGAUCAAGAGCGUGAACAACCCGGAUCUGCGCGUUGAGCUCGUGAAGGAAUACGUGCGCAAGAACUUCCCGAGUCACAGCCUGCUCGACUACGCGCUCGCGGUCGAGAAGGUCACGACGUCGAAGAAGGACACGCUCAUCCUGAACGUCGACGGCUGCAUCGCUGUCUGCUUCGUCGACCUGCUCCGCGACAGUGGCGCGUUCACGUCGGACGAGGCCGACGAGUACAUCAAGAUUGGUACGCUCAACGGUCUGUUCGUCCUCGGUCGCAGCAUCGGCUUCAUCGGCCACCACCUCGACCAGAAGCGCCUCCGCGCGCCCCUGUAUCGCCACCCCGCAGACGACAUCUUCAUCCAGAUGGCGGACGUUUCGCAGCCGCGCGUGCUCGGCAAGAUGGCGUAGGCGGCUGUGCACGCUCUGUGGGAGGGAAUGAAUGUACUGCUGCGGUGUGUUUUGCUUUCGAACGUCAGAUACGACUCUCUGCACGAUCAUCACGCGUUUUCGAUGUACCUAUCUACCAUGUGAACUAUAAUGACAUACAUAGAUUUUGCUUCGCGUCG